AUGAGAAAACCUGCAUCGAUGAGACGUGGUAUAAGCUUCUUAACUAUCAGUCAUGUGACACUGCAUAGACCUUUCAGUCUGUUGCUCGCAAAAUUCAAACUAUCUAUCUAUACACUAUUGAUAUCAGAGCGUCAAACCGAGUUCAAAACCGGGUCGAUUCUAACUCUAUCUAUCUAUCUAUCUAUCUAUCUAUCUAUCUAUCUAUCUAUCUAUCUCUAUCUAUCUAUCUAUCUAUCUCGUUCUCUUCAUUAUCUAUCUAUCUAUCUAUCUAUCUAUCUAUCUAUCUAUCUAUCUAUCUAUCUCUUUCUCUAUCUAUUAUCUAUCUAUCUAUCUAUCUAUCUAUCUAUCUAUAUGAGAGUAGAAAAUGCUGGACUAUAUACUUCUUUCUUUCUUUCUUUCUUGUUUUUAUUCUUCUCCUCCCCUUCUUCUUCUUCUCCACCUCCUCCCCUCCCCCUCCUUCUUCUUCUUCACCCCGUCUUCCUCCUUCUCCUUCUUCUUCACCCCAUCCUUCUCCUUCUUCUUCACCUCAUCCCCCUCCUCCUCCUUUUUCACCUCUCCUCCUCAUCCACCUCCACCUUCUUCUUCACCCCAUCCUCCUCCUCUUCUUCUUCUUCACCCUCUCCUCUUCCUUCUUCUUCUUCUUCUUCACCCUCUCCUCCUCCUCCACCUUCUUCUUCCUCUUCUUUAUCACCCUCUUCUCCUCCUCCACCUCCAUUUUUUUCUUCUUCUUCUUCUUCACCCCAUCCUCCUCCACCUCCUUCUUCUUCUUCUUCACCCUCUCUCCUCCUCCACCUCCAGCUUCUUCUUCACCCCAUCCUCCUCCUUCUUCUUCUUCACCCUCUCCUCCUCCUCCACCUCCACCUUCUUCUUCUUCUUUUUCUAUGUGCCGCAUCUCUACGAGAUAUCACAUCAAGUACUAAAAACAAGAUCGAUCUAUCUAUCUAUCUAUCUAUCUAUCUAUAA